AUGGUUGUGGGAAGGAACAACACAAUUGUGACAAAAUUCAUCCUCCUGGGAUUUUCAGACCAUCCUCAAAUGAAGCUUUUCCUUUUUCUGUUAUUUCUGGGGAUUUAUCUCCUGACCCUAGCCUGGAACCUGAGCCUCACUGCCCUCAUCAGGAUGGACUCCCACCUGCACACACCCAUGUACUUCUUCCUCAGUAACCUGUCCUUCCUAGAUAUCUGCUAUGUGUCCUCCACAGCUCCCAAGAUGCUCUCUGACAUCAUCACAGGGCAGAAAACCAUUUCCUUUGUUGGCUGUGCCACACAGUACUUUGUGUUCUGUGGAAUGGGGCUGACUGAAUGCUUUCUUUUGGCUGCCAUGGCAUAUGACCGCUAUGCUGCAAUCUGCAACCCAUUGCUCUACCCAGCCCUCAUUUCCCAUACACUUUGUGUAAAGAUGGUGGCUGGGGCCUAUGUGGGUGGAUUCCUCAGUUCUUUGAUUGAAACAUACUCUGUCUACCAGCAUGAUUUCUGUGGGCCCAACGUGAUCAACCACUUCUUCUGUGACCUUCCUCCAGUUCUGGUUCUGUCGUGCUCUGAUACCUUUACCAGCCAGGUGGUGACCUUCGUUGUGGGUGUUGUUGUUGGCAUUGUGUCUGUCCUUGUGAUCCUCAUCUCUUAUGGUUACAUUGUUGCUGCUGUCCUGAAGAUCAGCUCAGCCAAAGGUAGGACCAAAGCCUUCAGCACCUGUGCCUCUCACCUGACUGCUGUGACUCUUUUCUAUGGUUCUGGUCUCUUCAUGUACAUGCGACCCAGUUCUAGCUACUCCCUAAACCAGGACAAGGUGGUGUCCAUAUUCUAUGCUCUGGUGAUCCCUAUGGUGAAUCCUAUCAUCUAUAGUCUUAGGAAUAAGGAGAUUAAAAAUGCCAUGAAGAAGGUUGUGCAGAAGGAGCAUCCCACGCCCUUGAACUCCAGUCACUGCAGCAGGCAUGCCCUGGAGCUGAGGGCCUCCUUGCCCGCCGCGUCCCCAGGCUCUAGCGUGGCCAAGGAAGGAGGGCACCACACGGCCAGUCAUGAGCAAGUGCUGAGACGGUCUCCGGCACGCGAAGCCGGCAUCAUGGGCCUUGACUUCCUGGCCUGCAGUGUCACCCCAGAACCCGCUAAGCCCCACGCCGCUCCGCUGCAAAACGAUGACGUCGCUUCUCCCAGUUCACUAGGUCCACCCACUUUUUCCGAGUCAAUUUCUGCAUGCCCUCCAGGGUGA